AUGGCAUCGCAUUUCGCCGCCUAUUUCGAGGUAGAAAGCUCCCAUCAUGUCACAAGUCCAGCUGCCGUACUUCGUCGCGAUGACCAAAUUUCCACUGCAACUUCCAGCAACCAUGAACUGGUAGAGCUGCAGUCAACUGGCUCAAUCGUCCAGAGACCCGGGGCCUUUGCAUCAUCCCCAGGAUUCGAUGAUGCAGGACUUGACAAUGCAUCACCACUUGAUCCAGAAAGCCUCUCUCCAAGACCCGGAUCUCCCAAAGGCGAGCCCGGCGUGUCAGCGUCACAGCUAGUUUCAACCGACAUAGUGCCGAGCAUCAAUAACCCAGCAAGGAACAAAUGGCGCAUUGCUAGUGCCUGCUGCAUGUUCUUAUCCAAUGGGAUGAGUGACAGCGCACCUGGUGCUCUGAUUCCAUACAUGGAGCAGGACUUUCACAUCGGCUACGCUAUCGUAUCGCUCAUCUUCGUUACCAAUGCACUAGGCUUCAUCCUCGCCGCACCCUUGACGCAUUGGCUCGAAUCUCGAUUUGGUCGUUCCAGAACUAUAAUGAUCUGCCAGGUUCCUUUAUUUACCGGCUAUUUGAUUAUGGUGUGCAAGGCACCAUUUCCGGCCGUCGUAUUCAGCUAUUUCCUGAUUGGACUUGGUGUCGCAGUCAACCUCGCGCUGAACAAUGUCUUUAUAGCAAAUUUGGCGAACGCUACUGAGCUGCUGGGGAUCAAUCAUGGGUUUUACGGUGUCGGAGGUACAAUAGCGCCCUUAAUUGCAACGGCCCUGGCGUCGAACGGAGUGCAUUGGACGUUCUUCUAUAUCAUAAAUCUGACAUUUGCCGCCAUCAACCUCUUAUUUGCGGGAUGGGCGUUCAAAGGGUAUGAGACUGACAUGCCUGUUCAAGCCCUGGCUGGGCAGAUUCAAGAUGUCGAAGGAUCUCCAAAGAAGAAAAACUUGAUAUGGAAAGCAGUCAAGACAAAGGCCACAUUGUUGGGCGCACUCUUUAUUUUCGCCUAUCAGGGAGCAGAAGUUUCGAUCUCUGGGUGGAUUGUUUCCUUUUUGAUAAAUUACCGAAACGGAGACCCAGCUCAUGUGGGAUAUGUUAGUGCGGGCUUCUGGGCGGGCAUUACCGUAGGCCGUUUUGUGCUGUCCUAUCCUGCGAGACGACUUGGGGAAAGGCUCGCAGUAUUCUUCCUUGUGGGAGGUGCAAUUGCUUUUCAGAUCAUGUGUUGGCUCAUCCCAAAUAUCAUUGGGGAGGCCGUCAUCGUUGCAAUUGUUGGCCUACUCCUAGGUCCGAUUUAUCCCUGUGCAACGGUCGUUUUGAACAGACUCCUGCCCAGAGACAUUCAAACAACUUCUCUAGGACUCGUCAGUGCAAUGGGAAGCAGUGGAGGUGCCAUUGCACCGUUCGUUACUGGUAUACUCGCCCAGAGCGUGGGAACCGUAGUCCUGCAUCCUAUCUGCUUGGGGUUAUAUGGUGCGAUGAUCCUCACGUGGAUGCUCUUGCCUCGGACUUCAAGACGUGAGGAUUAG